CGCUCUACACGUGGAUGUCGGAGGACACUCCCCACUCCUCACUCAGUUUCGUUACCUGUGAUCAUCGAUGGCAUCGGCAGCUCAGAGAGGGGAGCUCCCCUGCCCCGUCUGCCAGAACGUCCCCGCGGACCCCGUAACGCUCGCGUGCGGACACGGCUUCUGUCGGCUCUGCUUGGAUACGGCGCAGGGUGGCGGGGAGACGGCUCCCUGUCCCCAAUGCCGACGGACGCCUAGAAGGAGAAGGACACGCCGGGGAAAUCGGAGGCCGACCAACACAGCUGAGGUCGGGGUCUCCUGCACUUACUGUAUCCAGUCGCGGGUACCUGCGGCCAAAAGCUGCCUACUGUGCGAGGCGUCUCUGUGUGAGGAGCACCUGGAGGUCCACAGCAGGUCGGCGGAUCAUGUCCUCACCCAGCCCACUGCCUCCCCCAGCCUCUGGAAGUGCUCUGUCCACAAGAAGCUCCUGGAGUACUACUGCCCCCAAGACUCCGUCUUCGUCUGUGUGUCCUGCAGGCUGGACGGAGAGCACGGGGGCCACCGGGUGGAGACGCUUGCCGAGGUGGCUGACAAGAAGAAGGAGAGACUGAGGGGCGUCCUGGAGGGACUCGCGUCCCGGUCGGACGGUGUGGAGAAGAGCAUCCAGAGUCUGCAGGACAGCCAAAGAAAACUGCUGAGGAAAGCAGGGUGCGAGAGAGACAGACUCGCCGAGCUGCUGGCGGACGUCAGAGAGAGGCUGGAGGCUCUGCAGCAGCACGUGCUGAAGGACAUCACCCUGCGGGAGCAGCAGCUCUCCCUCCACGCCUCCAAUCUCCUCCGACACCUGGAAAAAAAGAAGGAGGAGCUGCGCGGGAAGACUCUUCGCAUCGAGGGGCUCCUCAGCACCAGCGACCCCCUGGCCGUCAUACUCGGGUGUGAAUCGGCCGGAGCUGACCUCUGGAAUUCCGAGACGGACCAGGGCAGGAAGGGAGAUACUCCGGAAGGGUUACAGCUCGGCGGAGUGGGUUUGGCGUCUGUCCCUUUGCACAGAGGCUUACUGGCUGUCGGCGACGCCAUCGAGAAGUGGGGGCAGGUGCUGGAGGCCUCUGACUUCUUUUUGUAUGGGAGCGACGACUCGGACGCGUUCCUGGAGGUUCCACCUACUCCGGGCGGCGGAAAAAUGCGCUCUGGUGCGUUCCUGGAAGGCUACGCGGCUUCGGACCUCACGCUCGACGUGCACACGGCCAGCAACGAUGUCAUCGUGUCGGAUAACCUGAAAAGCGCCUUGUGGUCGUCCAGGCCCCAGGGCCGCCCAGAAACCCCCGCGAGGUUUGGCCUGUACACCCCGCAGGUCCUCAGCUUGGAGAGCUUCUCCUCGGGGAGGCAUUGCUGGGAGGUGGAGACCGUAAAGACGGCACAUAUACGGGUGGGCGUGGCCUAUGCCAGUAUAGAGCGGAAAGGGCACGGCUCGUGUAUCGGGGAGAGCGAGGAGUCCUGGGUCCUGCAGAGGUUCGACAAUCAAUACGUCGCGAUACACUGCAACGAUGGGGUCCUGGUUCCGUACGGCCCGUCCUGUCAGAGGCUGGGGGUCUCGCUGGACUACGAGGCGGGCCGGCUCUCUUUCUACGAGCUGCGAGACCCCGUCAGACACUUACACACCUUCACUACCACCUUCGCUGAGCCGCUUCACGCUGCCUUCUGGGUACUGGAUGACUCCUCCAUAACCAUCAGGAGCUUCUUUAACAUCUGAAGAAGAGACCCCCGAGACCUUGAAAGCAGAGAUAGAAUAAGGACAAUAGAUGGGAGAGAAAGUAUGACUGCCAACACACCUGAGGCUCAGGGAUAGAAACAAAAGGGAAGAAUUACACCCUGAAU